CGCCUGCUUAGGUCACACACACGAAGCGGAUUAAUUGACAUCUGCCAACCAUUGGUUUUGUCGCUUACAAUGCUACUGGAGCCGUCCUUAUAUUCUAUUAAUAGCAUACUCAUCUUAGAUAGUGAAGGGAAGCGCAUUUUAACGAAGUAUUAUGACUCAACGUUCCCAACUGUUAAGCUCCAACUGGAAUUCGAGUCAAAACUCUUCAAAAAAACAAGCAAAACUAAUGGCGCGGAAAUCACGUUGCUGGACGGCGCGACAUGUGUUUAUCGUAACGUGGGCGAUCUUUACUUUUAUGUUGUUGGGGAUGCUAACGAAAACGAAUUAUUACUCGUCAGUGCCCUUCAGUGCUUGUACGAUUCUGUCAGUCAAGCUCUGAAACGAUCAGUCGAAAAGAAAACACUGAUGGAUAAUCUAGAUUUAAUUUUCCUUAUAGUUGAUGAACUGUGUCAUAAUGGCAUACUGUUAGAGUCCGACGCAACCGCCUUAGUGUCUCGAGUUGGUGCAAGGACAGACGAUAUCCCACUUGGAGAGCAAACGGUAGCACAGUUGUAAAGUUGCAGUCUUCAAAAACGGUUCAUAUACUAAAAAUGAGACUAGAAUGAUGGACUCACCUUCCUUAUCGUACAAACAAUCAGAUGCUAAAAUGGUAUCGAAGAUCCCACCUGACCAGUCGAGAGGAUAAUUCCAAUCUAAUGGAGUAAAAUCAUAAUUUUUGAUUCCAUUCAGCUGAGCAUUAAGAUGUAGUUUAUCCGAAAAUGUCAUGUCUUUAUCAGUGAAUCGAACAUGAAGAGCCCCGAGAAUAGCUGCAGUAAUUCCACAAAGUCCUGUGCCAGCACCGAGCUAUAAUAUAUCAGUGUUAUUGAACAAAACCUAACUUCGAGAACUCGAAGCCCUCUGACUACCUCAGGAUACUUCACCAGAAAAUCAGACAAGGCUUCUGCACACUUCCAGGUAUAGUGACCAUAACCCAGGAAAGAGUUCACUAAAAUAAAUUACGUUAAUAUAACCUUACCUGAUGUAUAUAUUUGUACUUUGAUCCCUUGAAAUUGAAAUAUCUGUCUCUUAGUAUCGACCUAUAUACAUGUAAAUAUUUAAAAUAAAACUUUUAGUUCGGUGAA